AUGACUUAUUACUAUGAUAAAAAGCAUCUAGAAGCUCCUUUAUUAAAAGAAGAAGAUAAAGCAUAUCUGCUUGCACGAAAUUUGAAAACCAAGCGCCCUAAAAAACUUAAUUUUCAGAAAUACGGCCCCUACACAAUUAAAAAACAAUUGAAUAAACACCAAUACGAAUUGGACAUACCUGGACCCUUACGAAUUCAUCGCACAUUUCAUGUUUCUCUCUUAGAACCCACUCCACCUGGACUACGGAAAGACCUAGAAGACAUAGAAAUCGAAUACGACAACUACACCAAAUACGACGUCAAAAAGAUCCUCGAAGAACCCAAUGAGAAUAACGAGUAUCUUGUUCGAUGGUUUCUACCUUAUAGCCCAGAAGACGACUUUUGGUAG